AUGUUGGAGAUUGAAGUGAAAGAGGAACCUAUGGCAGAAGUAGCAAGGAGUGACUUGCCUAGAAGAUUUACACGGUUGGCCAUGAAAUUGAAUGCUGAUAGUUCAGAAAUGGAAAGUGAAAAUUUGGGAGAAUUACAGGAUGCAGUGGUUUUGGAUUCUGAGAGAUUAGAGAAUGGGGAAUUAAGUGGGUUGGGCACUUCGGCUAAGAAGAUGGAAAUGAAGAUGACUAAGAAAAUUGCAGUAAAAGGGAGGCCGACAACUGUCAGGGAGCUCUUUUGGACUGGGUUGCUGGAAGGGUAUCCAGUUUUCUACAAUGGUGGCAAGAGGGUAUGCUUAUUUAUUAGUUUGUGCAAAAUGAAAUAG